AAUGGUCCAUUAUCCUCAGCCCGGGGCGGCCCGGGAAACGCAUCCCAAACGAGCCCGAGGGACACGUCUCGCUCAUCGGCUAGCCACCCGAAACACCCCCAGCCAUUAGGCCGUUCUCUCUUUGGAAAAACUUCAGGGAAGUUGAGCUAUUCCUGUGCCUUUUUUUUGUCUCCGGCAUGUGGUGUUUUCAGCUGUCACUUCAAGUUGUAAUAUAUUGUCUAAGAAAUGCCGUUUUAAAUGUCUUUUACCUUCCCCAUUAUGGAAGCGUAUCUGCGAACUAAAGGCAUCAGCAGGCGUAAGAUCCGUGUCUUUAGGUUUUUAUUCUUUAAUGAUGCCUUUUGAAAUGUGCAAAUCUAUGCAUGGUGUCUGCCAUAUGCAGCCUCUUCAUUUCAAUUUGCUGGUGUCAGUAGAACGGGUGGCUGGGAGACAAUGGUUGACUCACUUCGCCCAGCCCUGCCUGUUCCUCAGGUGCUCGUUGUGAAACUUGUAAAUGGCUGCCAGGUUUCACCAGGAACUGUGUAAGCACUUCUGGAAGAACACGCUAUACUUUUUAAUUUCCACCGUUUCAGCCCCUCUCCAUAUUUUACGAUCAAAUUUUUUUUGUCAGCUCAGCUUUGGACUAAUAACUCACCGUCUCGUUUAGUCGGGCCGGUACGAAGUGUGUACGCUCAGCCACGUCUCGGCAGCGCUCAGCAGACUGCCGCUGACUUGUAUUGACAAUGAUUGCCUCCAAAAUGAGUCCAUUAUGGCGGAGGGCUUGACAAGACCAUGGAGCUUUCUGAAUGAGAUCGGCCGCAGACGCCGAGCUUGGAUGUUCAUUAUACGUCUCUAUUGUUAACCGUAGCAGGGCUGACACAUCUCAUGCAUAUUAUGGGACUGAUGGCUCCCAGGCUGGAUUGGCCUGUCACAGCCAAGCCUCAUUUGGCUGUCUGGAUUGUUUUUGCAGAUUGCAGAUAAAUUGGGUCGUCUUUCUCAGGUAUAUCGUUGAGGAUUUAUUCCAGCUUAGACCUCAAUGAAGGAUGAUCGCUAGCAGCUUGUUGAUACAGUGGAGGGAAAAUAUUGGCCCAUUGAGUUAUUCUAUGAUGUACUUCAUGUUUACAUUCUGGAGAAAGGUGUGCUUCAAUUGAGGUAGAUGACUUCUGGCUGUACUUGAGCAAUAACGCAAUGUUUGCAGAAUGCCUGUAGACAGCACUUCACUGGGGUAUAUUGGCAAUAUACCACAAACCACUGAGAUGUUUUAUGUCACUUAUAAAUAGGUUACCAACGCAAUUAGAACAGUGUCAUACCUGUGAUAUUAACUAGAUGAUUUGAAUACUGAUUGGCUGAUAGCCACAUUCUAUGAGACCAUGGGUAUGACAUCACGUCUCUUUUUGUUUCUACUCUGAUUUCGUUGGUAGGCGGUUUAUAAGCACAGUAAGGCACAAGGGUUUGUGAUAUAUUGCCAAUGAACCAGUCCGCGAUGCGUUGUGCCUCAGAACAGUACUUAGCCGUGGUAUAUUGGCAAUGUACCACACCCCCUCGUGUCUAAUUGCUGACAUAAAUUAUAUCAGCCAAUCACAUUCAGCAAAUAAUAAGGCACAAUGGGUGUUGUAUGUAUCCUGCAUACAGCAACUAACUGAGGUAUAAUGGCCAUUUACCACAACCCCUCAAAAUGCCUUAUUGCUAAUUUGAACCAGUUAUCUACACAGUUAGAACAGUUAAAGGUAUUUUAGUUUGUCAUACCCAUGGGUACACCACGUUCUCAUUCAACAGCUUUCAGCCAAUUACAUUCCGGGUUUGGUUUGUAAUAUAUAAUAUAUACUGUCAAUACUGAGACAACAAAAAACAUAUAUGCAAAGAUAUAUUUUUCAUGGCAUUGCACUUAGUUCAGAAGUAUUUUAGACAUUCUCACAGGCUCCAAGGAUUCUCCAGCUCUUUCUAGUAAUGUUUCAUCCUUCAGCCCUGUCUGAUAACACGUUUCAUCCUUCAGCCCUGUCUGAUAACACGUUUCAUCCUUCAACCCUGUCUGAUAACACGUUUCAUCCUUCAGCCCUGUCUGGUAGCACGUUUCAUCCUUCAGCCCUGUCUGAUAACACGUUUCAUCCUUCAACCCUGUCUGGUAACACGUUUCAUCCUUCAACCCUGUCUGGUAACACGUUUCAUCCUUCAACCCUGUCUGGUAACACGUUUCAUCCUUCAGCCCUGUCUGGUAGCACGUUUCAUCCUUCAGCCCUGUCUGGUAGCACGUUUCAUCCUUCAACCCUGUCUGGUAACACGUUUCAUCCUUCAACCCUGUCUGGUAACACGUUUCAUCCUUCAGCCCUGUCUGGUAACACGUUUCAUCCUUCAGCCCUGUCUGGUAACACGUUUCAUCCUUCAGCCCUGUCUGGUAACACGUUUCAUCCUUCAGCCCUGUCUGGUAACACGUUUCAUCCUUCAGCCCUGUCUGGUAACACGUUUCAUCCUUCAGCCCUGUCUGGUAACACGUUUCAUCCUUCAGCCCUGUCUGGUAACACGUUUCAUCCUUCAGCCCUGUCUGGUAGCACGUUUCAUCCUUCAGACCUGUCUGGUAGCACGUUUCAUCCUUCAGACCUGUCUGGUAGCACGUUUCAUCCUUCAGACCUGUCUGGUAGCACGUUUCAUCCUUCAGCCCUGUCUGGUAGCACGUUUCAUCCUUCAGCCCUGUCUGGUAGCACGUUUCAUCCUUCAGCCCUGUCUGGUAGCACGUUUCAUCCUUCAGCCCUGUCUGGUAGCACGUUUCAUCCUUCAGCCCUGUCUGGUAGCACGUUUCAUCCUUCAACCCUGUCUGGUAACACGUUUCAUCCUUCAACCCUGUCUGGUAACACGUUUCAUCCUUCAACCCUGUCUGGUAACACGUUUCAUCCUUCAGCCCUGUCUGGUAGCACGUUUCAUCCUUCAGCCCUGUCUGGUAGCACGUUUCAUCCUUCAGCCCUGUCUGGUAGCACGUUUCAUCCUUCAACCCUGUCUGGUAACACGUUUCAUCCUUCAACCCUGUCUGGUAACACGUUUCAUCCUUCAGCCCUGUCUGGUAACACGUUUCAUCCUUCAGCCCUGUCUGGUAACACGUUUCAUCCUUCAGCCCUGUCUGGUAACACGUUUCAUCCUUCAGCCCUGUCUGGUAACACGUUUCAUCCUUCAGCCCUGUCUGGUAACACGUUUCAUCCUUCAGCCCUGUCUGGUAACACGUUUCAUCCUUCAGCCCUGUCUGGUAACACGUUUCAUCCUUCAGCCCUGUCUGGUAGCACGUUUCAUCCUUCAGACCUGUCUGGUAGCACGUUUCAUCCUUCAGACCUGUCUGGUAGCACGUUUCAUCCUUCAGCCCUGUCUGGUAGCACGUUUCAUCCUUCAGCCCUGUCUGGUAGCACGUUUCAUCCUUCAGCCCUGUCUGGUAGCACGUUUCAUCCUUCAGACCUGUCUGGUAGCACGUUUCAUCCUUCAGCCCUGUCUGGUAGCACGUUUCAUCCUUCAGCCCUGUCUGGUAACACGUUUCAUCCUUCAGCUCUGUCUGGUUAUGUGUUUCCUCCUCCAGCACAGGCACAGGUCCAGGCACAAAGCUACAGCAGGUGGGUGGAAAUUACCCAGGCUGCCCUACAAACAAGCCAGGCCAUGCUUCCUCUUGGCACACCAAACUGUUCAUCUGCUUAUGAAAACCACAUCAGAUAUUCAGAGGGAAAAUGUGGAAGGCUGCUUUGGGGAACCAGUAAAGCUGGUUAUGAUAAUAUAUCAGCGGACCGCUCUUGCCUUCUGCUCCUGUGCUUAAUGCCAUUAGGAGUAAUAAUACGCAUUGGAAUAUGAAAACAAAAAGCCCAGGCUGAUUUACUCUGGGAUCGACCUUAUGCCGUGAGAAAUGGCAGAGCGAUUUACGAUGCUUUGACAUUCACUUGCACUAAAUCACUUGAUCAAAAUCUAGUCUAUACGAAGGCAGGGGUGGCCUCACACUCAGGGCCUCUUAAAUAGUGUUUUAUUGCAGCUUCUGGUAUUAUGGAAUCUAUAUCUCACAUUCUCAAAUACCAAGCCCAAUCAUUAAUUACCUAGUGCCAUUUCAACUGACUUGAUAUAAUUUGCUAUAUUAAUUAUCAUCCUGGUCCUCCUCAUUUCUUUAUGAGUCAGAGCAUGAGAGAGGAUUAUUUUUUUCCAUCAGGAUCCAAUUAAUUCAAUGCAACUGCCUAACAGCUGGUGGCAUUUCGACUCCAAGUCUUUCAUACUCUCCAGUGUGAGCAUCAUUAAAAUCAGGUGCUGUAAUCAUCUGUCGCUGCAGUAGUUGGCAAGGUAGCAAAAACCCAAAUGAGAAGGCAUUCAGGAAUGGGAAACAGUGCCCUGCAAUGUAUUGGCCCUUUAUGAUGUUGGUUUAAAUUGACAUUGUAACUUAACUUUAAUUAAAGGCAAAAAGCAGCAAGAGGUAUUUGCAGAAUAGGCCUCGGAUAAUAACGUAGCAAUCAUUAAAAGAUUGGCCGAUGGACGUUUCUCCUGAUCCUAUUUAGGAACAUUAGCAUAACGCAAUAAAUGUACCGUGGGCUAGGCUGAAUGGUUACUUUAUGUGGCAAUUGAUUGUACUGUAAAACAACUGAUCAUCGAACAAAGCCAUAGUAAGCUUUUUUAGACGUUUUUGUGUCUGUGUGUGUGUGUGUGUGUGUGUGUGUGUGUUCAUUCACUGGGUGUGU